GCGGGUCCCCGCCUCCCGAACCCAAAGAAAGCCCUGCCCGCAUCAGGUACCGUGCUUUGACCACGACGCGACCACCCCCACCCAUUCCCCCCUGCCGCACCACCACCGUAGAGCGCGAACCGGCAGCCAGCCAGCCAGCCAUGCUCACCCGCCGCCGCCGCCGCGGGUGAGGUGGUGUUAGCCUCCCGAGACCCCGCCGCCGCGAUGGAUCCGGCGUCCGAGGAGCUCGAGCGCCGCAGCCGCUACCUCAGCUCGCUCAUCCGCCGCACCAAGCUCAGCGCCGCCCCCGCUCCCCCUCCUCCUCCUCCGGAGCCCGAGCCCGAGGCGGCACCUAAGCCGGAGCCCAGGGUUGGGGUCGGGAAGCGGGAGGAGCUCAAGGCGGUGGUGGUGGAGAAGGAGAAGAGGAAGGUGAAAGAGGAAGGGGACGGCAAGGGGAAAGAGGUCAAGGGGAAGGAGGAGACUAUAAAGGUGUCGGUGCGGGUGCGGGUGCGGGCGGCCGACAUGCCUCUGGCGCUGCAGCGCCGCGCUAUCCGGCUCGCCUAUGAAGCCAUCACCGCCAUGCCGCGGCUCGACAGCAAGCGCCUAGCCCUCGCGCUCAAGAAGGAAUUUGAUACGGCAUAUGGUCCUGCUUGGCAUUGCAUUGUCGGAACGAGCUUUGGUUCCUACGUCACUCACUCUUUGGGAGGUUUCCUAUACUUCUCUGUUGACAAGGUCUAUAUUCUUCUCUUCAGAACCGCUGUCGAGCCAUUAGGCCAUCCACAAUGAGACCUAAAAUCAGUUUAGUAGCAAGUGUAGCUUGUAUUCGACAUUUGACAUGCAGAAGGUUAAGGAGAGUAGAAUGAUGUCGCCCUCCCUGCAAAUAUGUAGAACCAAUCUGCUGUAACUUCCAUGUACUACGCACUCAUCUGCCAUGUAAACCUUGACAUCCAUUAACUUUCAAAAUUGUACUUGAGUCUGUUCUUCA